AAAGCGUCUCUCUGUUACUAGGAGACUGCCCGAGUAACUACACACGACAAGAAGAUGGCAGCGAUUGAAACGUCUGAAGGUGAAGAUGUGGGAAAAGAAGAGUUUUUGGCAUUGAGUUUUUCUGGAUCUGAUGCAACAUUUGACACCAUCAUUGGAUACAUUGAGCAUGUGAUUGUAGAUGACAAGUUUCAACAGCUACAGAGAAAUUUCAUGGAACACUACUACCUGGAGUUUGAAGAAACUGAAGAGAACAACUUAAACUAUGCAGCUUUAUUUAAGGAAUAUAAAGAACAGCUUGGAAAAUACAUUGAAGAACAACUCGUGGCAAGGAUGCCAGGAUUCAGCAUGGAAGGCUUUACGAGUUCUUUAGAGAAACAUAAGGAGAAGAUUACAGAAGAGAUAUUUGAGAUGUUGCUGUCCUUCAAGAACUUUUUGGCCUUCAAGAAAAUGAUUUUAGAUUACAGAGCUGAGAAAGAAGGACGGGGUCUGAACCUUGAAGGAGGUCUUGUUGUGACAGCUUUAUCGGCACCUGCUUCGAGAUCUGAAGGUCCCUAAAGUCACUCCGUACAGUCAGUCCUCAAUCACGGCGGUAAACUGCGCAAAACAAACGUCAUCAGAUCAGGACAGUCACAUUUGUCUUAUAGCAGUGUCUGCUUUAAUGAACUGCAUACAUUGCUGAGUUGGGUUAACACAGCUGAUGGUGCCAUCACAGUUUUUCAUAUUCCUAAUGUGUCCUGAUAAAGAAAUAUGUUUUUUAAUUAAUCCAAAAUGUAUAUUAGAUAUUAUUGUUAGUUGAGAUUGUAAGGAAUAUGGCAGAAGGUAAUUUAUUCAUUUUGAGACCUUAAUGAUAUUCUGUUUGAAAACAGAUGGAAAAGUUAUUCUUAAGCAUAACAUUAAUCAAAGCACAUAUAAAGCAUUAAGACAAUCUGCCUGUGGUUGGGGGGGGGGGUCCUACUGUAGUGACAGUAGCAGCACUUGUGUCCGUUGUGAAUCAGCAUAUGAGCACUGGCAAAGUGGUUAACAGUCCUAGGUUUGAAAUCCAGCCUGGGUUCUGCCUGUGUAGAGUUUGCACAUUCCCAGUAUGUCUACAUGGAUUUUCUUCUUAAAUCCUAAAGACAUGCAUAUUCAGUUCAUUGUUGAGUGUAAAGUGCCUAAGUAGAUGUUAGUACUGUGUUGGACUUGUGUCCUCUCCAGGAUUUAUUCCUGCCUUGCCCACAAUGCUGCUGGGAUAAAUGUUGUCUCCUGGUAACUCUGAACUGAGUAAGCAGGUUAGAAAACGGCCAUUUUAAAAGUUAUUUUACAUCAUGUUAACAUUAGGUGACUUGAAGCCAAUUCAAGUUGCGAUGAAACCAUUUUGUCCUUCACUAUUUUUUACUUCCUAAUCAUUAUAGUAUUUAAUGUAUAAAUAUUGCAAAGUCCACUGCAUAUGUGUUAACUAUAAAUAAACAACUUUUCUCUGGA